GCACCCCGCCCCGGCCCAGCCACUCCCGCUGGGCGCCCCGACGGGGUCCGGCCCGGGGCGCGGGGGCCGCGGCCGCCGAGGAUGGGGAAAUCCAACAGCAAGUUGAAGCCUGAAGUCGUGGAGGAGCUGACCAGGAAAACCUACUUUACCGAGAAGGAGGUCCAGCAGUGGUACAAAGGCUUCAUCAAGGACUGCCCCAGCGGGCAGCUGGAUGCAGCGGGCUUCCAGAAGAUCUACAAGCAGUUCUUCCCGUUUGGAGACCCCACCAAGUUCGCCACAUUUGUUUUCAACGUCUUUGAUGAAAACAAGGAUGGGCGGAUUGAGUUCUCUGAGUUCAUCCAGGCGCUGUCGGUGACCUCGAGGGGAACCCUGGAUGAGAAGCUGCGGUGGGCCUUCAAGCUCUACGACUUGGAUAACGAUGGCUACAUCACCAGGAACGAGAUGCUGGAUAUAGUGGACGCCAUUUACCAGAUGGUGGGGAACACCGUGGAACUCCCCGAGGAGGAGAACACCCCCGAGAAGCGGGUGGACCGAAUCUUCGCCAUGAUGGACAAGAAUGCCGACGGGAAGCUGACGCUGCAGGAGUUCCAGGAAGGAUCCAAGGCGGACCCGUCCAUCGUUCAGGCGCUGUCCCUCUACGACGGGCUGGUAUAGUCCAAGGCCCAGAGCUGAGAUGCCUGGGAGCCACUCACCUCCUCCCGUGCCCUGAGGCCACCUCCGCCCCGACACCACCACCCUCGUGUGUCCACCCAGCCUUUCUCCGCAUCCACGCCCCACCGGGCUGCCCUGGAACCGUGAGGCCCGGCUCUCCUCCGCCCGCCCCGCACCCACCCGUCGCCUGAAGCCACCGGCUCCAAUUGCCACCAACUUCUGCUUGUCCAGAAAACGACAGUACGGAUGGGCAAAGGCUCCAGCCCUCUGCAAAACCAAGGACUCGGCUGCUUCGCAGGCGGCCUCUCGGUCCCUCCUGCUCUCCUGCGUGUGUGCUUUCGUUCUUUAUUUCAAACAGACAUUGAAAAAGAAAAAAAAAAACAAAACUACCUUCUGUCCUAGAAGAUUCAGACUGACAGAUGGGGAGAAGGCCUCGGGGACGUCAAAGAACUCUGCCUCCUGCCUUGACCUUGGCAGCGGGAGAGGCCACGGGAGUCACGGCCUCGGCCACGGGGGAUCGGGGCGUGGGGGGCCUGCCUGCCCCUCGUGAUUUGGCGCCCCAUCCUCGAGCAGCAAGACCACCUGCGCGGCUAGGAUGAUUAAUUACAACGUUGAUGAUUUUUUUUGUGAUAACAGUAUUGUGCUUUUUGUGGGGAAAGUGAGGUUUUUUUUUUAUAUACAUAUAUAAUUGAUACCUUUUAUUUAUUGGUUGGUAACUGUUGCUGCUGCCUCGUGUGUCUGAUGCUCCCAGGGAUGCGGGGCCCACCGUUUACACGUGCACGCCCUCGCCCACCUGCCCAGGCGCUUGGGAGGAUGGUGGCCUGCAGCGGCCAGGAAGCCAAAAAUCUUUUUUUUUUUUUUU